GUCUGCAACCACCUCGGUACGAGCGCUGCUAAGUCGAUACGUAGCUCUUAAACCCAAGGAUUUCAUAGAGAUUUGUUUAUGAUUUGACUCCCAAGGAUAUAUGACAGUUCACUGUCAUGUCAGGCUAUCAUGGCUAUCCCCAAGGUCAGGGGCCAGGAGGUUAUGAUGAAAGAAGGGCAUGGGCACCUGGAAACACUGAUGUUCAGUAUAGCCAGAGUGAGACCGGUCCCUUCGUUACAGCACCAAUGUCCCAAGUCAUGCCAGGUGGUUAUAAUGAAAGAAGGGCACGGGCACCUGGCAACCCACCUGAUGGGUGGUACAGCGAGAUGAGCAUGGCAGACUCAGCGCCAAUGUCCCGAGUCAUGCCAGGUGGUUAUGAUGAAAGAAGGGCACGGGCACCUGGAAACCCACCUGAUGGACGGUACAGCGAGAUGAGCAUGGCAGACUCAGCGCCAAUGUCCCGAGUUAUGCCAGGUGGUGGUGAAACUUAUAAACGGCCGGCACAGUACUCAGGGGAAGAUUUUACUGGAGUUCCCGAUGCCAAGUGGUCACGUUCUGAAACAGGAGGUUUACCUGUCAGGGGUCAAGGUCAGGAAGCUGACUGGAGGUGUGGCAUGAUUGAUGCUGCUGAUAGGUCAAGGACAUUGUUUCUCUUCAACCUGAUGCCGAAUACGACAGCAUCUGACCUGUUCCAGUACUUCGUCAAGUUUGGGGACAUGACAAAGUUUGAUGUAUUCAAUAACAAGGAAGGAAAGUGCACAGGAUCAGGCAUCGUGCAGUUUGUCAACGAAGAGGCUGCUAUGGCUGCUUUCGCUGUUCGACCACAGUUCAUCAAUAAGAAGCGGGUUAUUAUCUCGCAUGAUGAACGACUUGAUCCAAAAAGAAAUUUGAAUAUCAAAAAGUCCUUAGAGAAGCACAAGUUGUAUGUGUCUAACAUACCUCUUGAUGUGUCUGAGGAGGACCUGUGCGACUACUUCUCCCAGUGGGGAAACAUAUCCUUCUGUGAUGUAGCAAAAAAGGCUAAGAGGACCAAAAACGCCAGGUUUGUCUUUGUUUCCUACGCCAAUUUUGAAGAUGCCGUGAAAUGUCUGAACACGACCCACAGUUGCGGAGAAACCGUGAUAAAUGUACAUGUGGCAGCGAAUUGCAGGGCUCUGAAGGAUGUUGUAAAAGAAGUAAGAAAUAAUGGAGAUAAUGAUGGACUUCAAGAGAUAAACAAGUUGUUUGUGAGCAAUAUACCUGGUGAAGUCACUAUCGAUGAACUUACACAACACUUCUCCAUGUGGGGGAAACUCUACUUUUGCAAAACCAUCGGCAAAGUGGCACAGAACAACAACUACGGUUUUGUUAGCUACCAAGAACAAGAAGAUGCUCUGACAGCAUUGAUAAUGCCCCACACACUGAGAAACCAGAGAAUGUUUAUAUGUGUGGCAGACAAGAAGGGCGGACCUUUGCUGGAAGCUUCUAAAGAUCCAAACAUAAUGUCAGCAAUUGAACAGAAAGUCCAGAAUUGUUUUGUUUAUGUGCGUAACUUAAGUGCAAUGACCACCAAAGAUGAGCUGUACGAGCACUUCAAGAAGUAUGGAGACCUGUCAGGCUGUUUGGUUAAACUAAGUGGCAAUCGGCUGUUUGCUUUUGUAGCCUUUGUGAGGAAAGAUGAUGCUGCACGUUGCUAUCAUGACGUUCAUUUUCUGAAUAAUAUGAAAUUGAAUGUUUGUUGGUCUGACUUGUCUAAAUGGUGUAUUAAAGGUACAAAAGCUAUGGAAAGAUCUGAAGCUCUGGCCGCAGAAGCUGCCAGACCAGCCAGUCCUCCCAGACCUGCUGGUCCCACCAGAGAUGUUGGUCUCGCCAGACCUGCCGGUCCUCCCAGACCCGCCGGCCCUCCCAGACCCGCCGGCCCUCCCAGACCCGCCGGUCCUCCCAGACCUGCCGGUCCCGCCAGAGAUGUUGGUCUCGCCAGACCUGCUGGUCCCGCCAGAGAUGUCGGUCUCGCCAGACCUGCCUAUCCUGUUCCCCAAAGUGCUGAUCCUUCCAAUAGGAAGCUGAGUAUAUCAGGGUUGGCAGCUCAAACCCGGGGUUACAAGCUAAAGGGCUACUUCUCCAGAUGGGGAAAAGUGGAGGAUUUUGAGGUCUUGAAGGAUGUGAGAUUGAGACCAACUGGCUGUGCAUUUGUGAUAUUUGAAAAACUUGGUGAUGCAGAGAAAGCAGUAUCAGACAAGCCACAUGUUAUUGAUGAUAAGGAGGUCGAAGUCACCUACGCCAAGCAUCAUGAGGUUCCUCCCAAUAGGAAGUUGAGUGUAUCAGGGUUGGCAGUGCACACCCACGAUUACAAGCUGUUGUGGUACUUCUCCAAAUGGGGAGAAGUCGAGGACAUUGAGCUGGCGAGGGAUGUGAAAUUGAGACCAACUGGUUGUGCAUAUGUAAUAUUUGAAAAACAAGGUGAUGCAGAGAAAGCAGUAUCAGCCAAGCAACAUGUUAUUGAUGGUGAGGAGGUAGAAGUCACCUUCGCCAAGUCUCUAAAGAACCUGCCAUCUGAAACCUUUCCAUCAUGGAGGGAGCAAAGAUCCUCUGAAACAGUCCAACAACAAAGAUUGCCUGAAUGUAUCAAAUCACUGGAUCAAGGUUAUAAUCUACCAGAAGCUAGAGAGCCACGAAGGUUGCUUGAAGAUGCACAACCACGAAGGUUGUGUGAAGAUGCACAACCACGAAGGUUGCAUGAAGAUGCACAACCACGAAGGUUGCAUGAAGAUGCACAACCGAGAGGGUUGCGUGAAGGUGCAAAACCACGAAGGUUGCGUGAAGAUGCACAACCACGAAGGUUGCUUGAUGAGGCACAACCACGAAGGUUGCAUGAAGAUGCACAACCGCGAAGGUUACUUAAAGAUGCACAACCACGAAGGUUGCUUGAAGAUGCACAGCCACAAAGGUUGCUUAAAGAAGCACAGCCACAAAGGUUACCUAAAGUUAACCAGCUAGGAAGGCAGUCUACCCCAGAUCCUUUGAUGUCACGUUUGACACAAGUAAAAAGUGUUCCAGACGUGCCAUUAGUAACUGAAUACGAGUGCAAUGUUUCUGGAUGUUCAUUUAAAGGCGAAUCAGGGCAGUUUGACCGUCACUGGACAAAGAUUCAUGAAGCAAAGGUUCUUUAUCUCAUCUGUUCAUUCUGUACCAUGGGAUGUGUGGAUGCAGAUGAUCUUCGUGAACAUUUGGACUUUUUUCAUGGUGUCGAGGACAGGACUGAAUUGUCAAGAUUUCUACUUGGUGCUAGACAACAGGAGAGAGACAACAUUCACUUUGUCAUGCCUGGCAGUGUGACCAGGGAAACCUGCAUGAAAGUGACCAAGCCUCCACAAAAGAAAGAUGCUGAAGAUGUCCACAGCUGCACAGAAUGCACAUUUUCUGGCACUGUUGAUGGGUUAAUUGACCACUGGGACAAAAAUCAUUUAUCAGUACUUAAUUUCCUGAGAUGCCCCAAAUGCCCCAAAACGUUCAAGAAGAAAGGCUUUCUUCUGUUUCAUAUCAAGACUCAGCAUCAAAACACAGAGAUGAGGACUGAAGAAGAACCAGAUAAUGUUGAUUAUAAAUUUAAAGAGUCUCAAAAGUUUAGUCUUGGAAGCAUUUCAGAUAGUGGUUCAAGAAGUGCUGGAAACAGGUCUAUGCAGACAAUAGCUGGAGCUUCAUUGAGUGCACCAUUGCAGUCUGACCAGAGUUUGCCGAGGCCUCAGUUGCCAAUAUUACCGUAUCAGCAGCCUACUCAGCCUGUUCCGCCACCUCUAGCAUCCCAGGUGCCCACACAACAAGCUGUGAAUUUACAUGGGCAAGUAACACCCUUCUACCCCUCCACAGCAUAUGUUCCCAAACCUGUGCCACCUCAUCUUACACCUCCACCUCUCCCUCCACCUGUGCUCAGGCCUGCCCCUCAGGCGGCUGUAGGAAGUCAGUCAUAUCCACAGCUACCUGUUCCUGGGAUUUUAAGUACAUCAACUCGGCAACCAGUAGUGGUGGCUUCAAGGCCUGCAGUGAGUACUCCGUCAUUCAUAGUUCCUCCUGUAAGCUAUUCUCAAGUGCCUUUUCAGCCCCAAGUAAGUGCACAAUCACAGCAAGCAUGUGUAGUGGCUUCCCCACACACCCAAGUUGUUGCAUCAGUUACUCCUUCAGUAGUUCCACCACCUCAACCAGGUGCCCCAUUACAACUCUCACUGACUGGGCAAGUGAUCACUCAGUCUGCAAAUGCUAAGCCACCUGUGUUUGUAAUGGAACAACCACCUGUUGUUUCAGGUGCUCCUUCAACUUCUCCUGAAGCAGGUGCCCCAUUACAACUCCCACUGACUGGACAAGUGAAUGCACAGUCUGCAACUGCUAAGCCACCAGAGCCUGUAAUGGAACAACCACCUGUUGCUUCAGUUGCUCCUUCAGUAGUUCCACCAACUUCUCCUGAAGCAGGUGCCCCAUUACAACUCCCACUGACUGGACAAGUGAUCGCACAGUCUGCAACUGCUAAGCCACCAGAGCCUGUAAUGGAACAACCACCUGUUGCUUCAGUUGCUCCUUCAGUAGUUCCACCAACUUCUCCUGAAGCAGGUGCCCCAUUACAACUCCCACUGACUGGACAAGUGAAUGCACAGUCUGCAACUGCUCAGCCACCAGAGUUUGUAAUGGAACAACCACCUGUUGCUUCUCAGUCAGUAGUAAUGUCAAGUAAAGAUCCUAGUAGCAUCCCUGAACGUGAUGCUCAGGAUUUACAUGAUUUUGACAUUGGCAAUAUGAAAACGAAGGAAAAGGAAAAGUCCCGAAGUGAACCGGAGAUUGAAACUAAAAAGAAACCAAAUGAUGAACUGAAGAGAUCAGUCCAGCCUGGGUCAAUUCUUGCUCUGAGACCGGAAUGGACAAAGACAUUGAAAAGUGCACUCCGCAAAAAGUCAUCUCUUGACAAAAACACUUCUGAGAAAAAAAGUAGUUUCACAACCGAAGAGAAAUUUAUUCCAAAAUUUGAUAGUACACAUCCUGAAAGUAUCCAAAAAUUCCUACUUUGGAGUCACAUAAUGAUGGAAAGAUUAGAGGAUGCUAAUAACAAAGUAAGAAGGAGACUUAAAGCAGAUGAAGGAGAAGGUGAUGUAGCAGAAGGUGAUGAUGAAGACCCUGAGGAAAUGUUGGAUUUAUCUUCAGAUGAAGAAACAGCUGGUGGAAAAAGUACUGCAGUUAAAGGAACAUUGAGUCAAGCACAUGAGGAUAUGAAAGCAAGGGCAAAAGCUGUUGCUGAGAAAGUGAUUGCAGACUAUGGAAGUACAAAAAGAAAUACAAAAGUUGCAUCAAAUAAAAGAAAAGGAGUGGGUAAACAAUGGAUGCUUGACAGAAAGGUUUUAAGUCAGUUGUUUCACAAGUCCACUGGCAUGAUAAAAUAUGAGUCUAAGAGAGCCAAUGUUAAUGCUGACUUAGUCCGCCAGGGUAUUUCAUGGGUCAAACAGGACAUUAAAAGAAUGCUUGAACAAGUUAAGAUGAUGAAAUCUGAAACUGAUGAAGAAAGUAAAAAGGCAAGCUUUUCAGCAAAAUCAGAUGACCGUAGUCGGUCCUUUCAGCAAAGGACAGAUAAAGGUGAGCAGUCAAAGAAGGGGAGGAGAGAUAACAGUGAUCGAUCAAGGAAGGAACGUCAGCAGAGGACAGAGAACCGUGACUGGGCAAGUGAAGACCUUCAACUAAGGACAGGUAAUGGUGAUCGGUCAAGGAAGGAGCUUCGAAAGGACUUUGCUGAUGGAGGUACCACAAAAUCUCAAAAUAUGCGUAGCAAACAGAUUGACGACAGAGAUUACCACAGAAAUUUGAGAAAUCGAUCAGAGGGAGACAAGGCUAGCAGCUCCAAGACAAAGAGUCAUUACUUGAAGAAAGAAUUUGUCGACACAAAGACUAAGGACCAGAUGAGCAGUGGUAACAAGAAUGAAAGGAAAGGUGGUGAUAAGUCCGAGGGAAAUGAGGGGAAUAUGUUUGAAUGGGAACAGGAUGACAUCAGUGAGGGAGUUCUCAGUGGAGAUGGUAGCCUCUGUGAGUUUGACAUGGAUGAUGUUGAUGUGGAUGAUGUUGACGUGGAUGACUUUGUUGUCAUGGAUGACAUUGAUAUGGGUGACUUUGUUGUCAUGGAUGACGUUGACAUGGGAGACUUUGUUGUCAUGGAUGAAGUGUGAAUUUAAAGGUUUGCUGAUCAUAAUUAUGAAGUUACAUGUUUUCACACGAAGAAGAUGUCUUUAGCCAUUGCCAAGCAGGGCCAAUAUCAGCAAGGGAGAUCUCUGUGGAGAUGGUAGCCUCUGUGAGUUUGACAUGGUGUAUUUGGUGUCAUUAAUGCUGUGUGGAUUGGAAACAUUGUUGAUAAUCAUUAUGAAGAAACCUACUUUUAUCAGAAGUAAUGCCUUUCGACAUUACCCAGCAGAAACAGACUAAUAGCAGCAAGAAUGACGGUUGGGAUUGGUGAGUUUUAUAUUGGUGACUUUCAUGUCAUGGAUGCAGUGUAAACUGGAACUUUAUUGAUAAUCAUAAUGAAGAAGCAUGCUAUUACUCUGCAGAACAAGCUGUUGAAGGUCCUUCAAGGGGUAUAGUGUAGGUGAAUAUGUAACUGGUUAUGGGUGUAUUUAUACUAUAGGCAGUACGGAGCCAUAGUACAAGUCUCCAUAACACUGAGACAUUCUGUUCUUCUAUAUCAGUGUGAUAUGAAACUGUUUUGCAAGUGGGGCAUAUUAAAGAACUGGAACCUUUUCUUGUAGCUGUUGGAUAGCUGAGUAAAGUGUCCACUCAUCAGGUUCGAUGUGUAAAAUUUGUGAUGACAGUAAUUUUGCUGAUAUUUGCUAUAAGCAGCGUUACACCAAACCCACUCUCCAGGAGAGAACCAGGAACUGGUGGAUAAAGGACGAUUUUUUUGGUGCAGUCCAUGCAUUUCAUCUGUGUAUUUUUCACCUUUUCUUUUCUCACCUUUGGGAUGCUGAGUAAAUCUUUGUCAUGUUGAAAACAAA